AUGGUUCGUCCAAAACGCAAAUCAGUUUCGGUAACUUCGGAGCCGAACAUGUUAUUACGUUCGCGUGCUGCUCGUGAUAUGACGGUACGAAAAAUUCGAAUUUUAAAUACGUUGGCACAAGAGGCGCGAACGGAGGUUGAAAAACAUUCUUCGUUUAUGGCACGUUAUUUAUCACUCGACAAAUACGUCGAUCAAUUCGAGGUACAGCAACAAGAAGUGUUGAAUAUUAUGUUGGAUUCGAGAUUACAGCACGACUUCAAUGACACAGAUUUGUUAAUUACGGACGAGGUCGAGGAAUUAAUCGGACGUAUACGAAUGAUUUUUGAAACAAUUCGACCGACGACGAGUGUAACAAAUCAGAUGCCGCGUCCGGUAUGUGGGGCUCCUGCGGGUACAGCUAUAGCAUUGCCCAAAAUUGAGUUGCCAAAAUUUGAUGGGGACGUAGUCCAAUGGUGUUCAUUUCGCGAUAUGUUUUGUUCACUUGUGCAUGACAAUCAGUCAAUUUCGGACAUUGAGCGAUUUCAUUUUUUAAAAUCAUGCGUAUCAGGUCCUGCGUUAGCAGUGAUCAAGUCCAUUCCGUUAACGGCCAAUAAUUACAAUAUCGCGUGGAAUGCUCUUCAAAGAUCGUUCGAAAAUAAUCGACUAUUAGCGACGGCGCACAUUGAUAAAUUAUUCGCGUUCUCGCCUCUCAAGAAGGAGUCCACGGCGGCACUCGCUACGUUUGUCAAUACGUUCCGCGAGAACGUCGCCGCUAUCAAGGCAUUAGGUAUCGAUGAUAUUUCGGGAUUUCUAUUAUUUUACAUUGGCGCGCGGGUGCUUGACGUUGAAACUAGAAGGCUAUACGAAGCCAGUAUACCACAGACGGAAAUGCCGUCAUUGGAUAGCUUGUUGGAUUUUGUUUCUCGACGGUGUAAAAUAUUAGAAAACAUCGGGACUACUGCGGAUAAAGUAGAACAAAAUUUCAAGGUUGUGGCUAAGAAAGGCAAGAGUGGGGCACCCGGGAAAUAUUCACUAGCUACGACUUCGAGCGGUGUAAAGUGCAUAUUUUGUGAACAAGAUCACCCACUUUAUCGUUGUGGAGCAUUUAAACAAAAAUCGGUCGCGGCAAGAAGGAAGUUUGUCAGCGGUAACAGUGUGUGCUUCAUAUGCUUAAAGUCAGGACACGCAGCGAAAUCGUGUACGUCAGGUUUUAAGUGCCGGAGUUGUGGUGGCAAACAUAGCACAUUAUUACAUAUAGACUACGCGAAGCCAACGUUGUCAGUAUCACACGGAGACGCCGAAUGUUCGACAGAGGGAGCGGAGUCGGUGGAAAAAAAGACAACUGCGACUGAAAAUCAAGUCAUGUUCUCGGGCACUGCGCGUACUGAAGCCACUGUUAUUUUAGGUACAGCUAUUGUGCGCAUGCGGGACAACGUGGGAAAAUUACAAACGGUACGCGUUCUUUUAGACAGUGGCUCCCAAAUUUCGGCGAUCACUUCACAAUGUGCCACUCGUCUUGGUUUAAGGCAUAUGAAGAGCAGAAUAGAGGUGACAGGACUCUCUCAACAACGAGUAACUAAAGUAAAAGGUGUCACUCAAUGCCAAUUUAUUCCGCUUCACGGGGAAGGUCCGCAGUUUUGUGCUACUAGCGUCGUCAUUUUGACGCACAUCACCAUGCAGUUACCUAGCGAUAGAAUACCUUCGGCGGUGCGUGAGCGGUAUCACCACCUGUUGCUGGCUGAUCCGGAGUUCGAUGUACCCGGACCGAUCGAUAUGUUGUUAGGAAGCGACUUGUAUCCACAUUUGUUACAAUCAAAGGCCGAUGUUAUUCACAGUACGGGUCUGCCGUCAGCUAUGAAUACUCAUCUUGGAUGGAUUGUGGUAGGAGCAUUAAAUGGAACUUCAACGUCGCCCAUGGUAUCAUUAUCAGCAGUAUCGACGCCAGAAAUCGGAAGAUUAAUACAAAAAUUUUGGUCUGUGGAAGAACCAGAUGUGUCGAACAUUUUGUCAACGGAAGAUGAGCAAUGUGAGGCAUGGUUCCGGAAAUCAACUAUUAGAGACGCAUCCGGACGGUUUGUAGUAUCAUUACCGUUUCAGUCGACGGUGCGCGCUCUAACAGAGAUGUCAACGAGUCAGACGGCGGUAGUUCAAGGCGGGAGCCCGGAAGAUUUAGGUUCCUCGCGCGCUUUAGCAUUGAAUCGUCUGUACAAUCUCGAGCGACGUUUGGCAAAAGAUUCGGAACUGUAUACAGCAUAUCGUAAGUUUAUGGAUGACUAUUUAAAUUUAGGUCAUAUGAAACUGGCAUCGGUGCCAGGAAAAUAUUUUAUACCACACCAUGCUGUGGUUAAGCAUGAGGGAAAGGGACUUAAGAUUCGAGUUGUCUUCGACGCCUCGGCGAAGUCUACAUCGGGAAAAUCAUUGAACGAUUGUCUAUGUACGGGGCCUAAAUUACAGACUGAAAUUAGCGAUGUUCUACUUCGUAGCAGAUUCUACAAGUACGUGUUCGUAGCUGAUAUCGCGAAAAUGUAUCGACAGAUCAGAGUACGCGAUGAGGAUUGUGUCUAUCAACAUAUCCUGUGGCGUAGGUCGCCGGAGGAUGAGGUACAGGAGUAUCAAUUGCGAACCGUCACUUAUGGUGUAAACUCAGCGCCAUAUCUUGCACUGCGAUGCCUGCGUCAAUUGGACUUUGAAGAUGGUGCGAAAUUUCCCCAGGCGAAGGGUCUGUUAACUAAUAAUACUUAUGUUGAUGACAUAAUCGCUGGUGCCGAUACCGUAGAUGACCUAUUGGCCGUACAGAAAGAUCUUAUUAAUUUAUUACUGCGAGGUCAACUUGAAUUGAAAAAGUGGGCAAGUAACUGCGAUGCCGUGCUGAGGUGCAUACCGGUCGAGGACCAGGCUGUAGAACCAACGUUCACCCCAACUGAAGAUGUGACUUUGAAGGUGCUAGGAGUACAUUGGGAUCCUACCACCGAUACCUUUGGAUAUCACGGAGCUACCAGCGAGGGAUCGAUUACCAAGAGGGUUGUGUUAUCUACGAUCGCACGGUUGUACGAUCCAAUUGGUGCCUUAGGUCCGGUUUUGCUAUGGGCUAAAAGAUUUAUGCAAGAGCUAUGGCUCGAGAAGAUUGGAUGGGAUUCUCCGUUACCUACUUCGUUGGUGAACAAGUGGCGUCAGUUCCUGGACGAGUUACCGUUGUUGUCACACGUAUCUUUACCUCGUCACAUCAAUAUCCAUCAAGUAAAGGAAGUGCAGAUGGUGGGUUUUGCCGAUGCAUCCCAAUGUGGAUAUGCAGCCAUAGUUUUCUUACGGAUAGCUGACAUUUUGGGUCACUUCCAUGCUUAUUUUAUCACGUGUAAAACCAAGAUAGCACCGUUAAAAUCUUCACAAACGGAUACUUCGUUGACAAUUCCUAGGCUGGAAUUGUGCGCGGCUCUACUUCUUGCCAAACUUUUGUCACACCAUUUUGAAGUUUUAAAUGGCAUAAUACCCAUUAACAAGGUCAAGGCAAAUUAUUCAUUAAUUAUUAUUCUCGGUUGA